GACUGCGCCACGGACACACAGACGAGCUUCACAACGACUGAUACCCGUAGUAGACAGCGCUGUACGGUUUACUCCGGAACGGGACUAACGGGACACGGUGCCGUUUCGCACUUUACACGGACUCGCUCGCUCUGGCACGGGACUGUGAGAAAGUUUUUUGGCUAUAGGCGCGUCUGAACUCUCCGGUAAGCUGGAAUUUUAGCGCUCCCGUGAUUCGCUGGGACUGUUUUAUCAAACGGAUUGUGUCGCUAUGGCUCGGUUUGAGUUCGGGCUUGCGCUGCUGGUGCUCGUGUUCGGGCUCGCGCACCCAUUCGGGGACGAGGAGGAGAUGACCUGCGACCCGAUCCGCAUCUCCAUGUGUCAGGAUUUGGGCUACAAUGUGACCAAGAUGCCGAAUCUGGUGGGAAACGUGUUACAGUCCGACGCCGAACUGCAACUGACCACAUUUACACCCCUCAUACAGUACGGCUGCUCGAGCCAGCUGAAGUUCUUCUUAUGCUCCGUCUACGUUCCCAUGUGCACGGAGAAGGUCCCCAUCCCGAUCGGGCCGUGCGGCAGCAUGUGCAUGUCCGUCAAACGGAAGUGUCUCCCAGUUCUCCAGGAGUUUGGCUUUGUGUGGCCGGAGCUCCUAAACUGCAGCCUUUUCCCGCCUACGAACGACCAGAAUCACAUGUGCAUGGAGGGUCCCGGAGACGAGGAUCCACCGUUUCACGCUGUCCGUCCUGUGGCGCCGCAGGAGGAGGAGUGCAUUGCUUUGGGCGCCGGCGUGGAGCAGUAUGCAUGGGUAAAGCGCAGUGGGAGCUGCUCGCUGCAGUGUGGAUAUGACACGGGAUUGUAUCGCAGACAAGCUAAAGUCUUCACGGAUGUGUGGAUGGCGGUUUGGGCGGUCCUCUGCUUCAUUUCUACCACAUUCACUGUGCUUACAUUCCUAGUCGACUCCUCUCGGUUUUCCUAUCCAGAGAGACCGAUCAUUUUCCUCAGCAUGUGCUGCAAUAUUUAUAGCGUGGCGUUCAUCGUACGCUUAACAGUUGGUCGCGAACGUAUUUCUUGCGAUCUGGAAGAAGCAGCGGUUCCAGUGCUAGUGCAGGAGGGGCUUAAAAACACAGGUUGCGCGAUUGUUUUCCUCCUCACGUAUUUCUUUGGCAUGGCCAGCUCCAUCUGGUGGGUCAUCUUAACGCUCACAUGGUUUUUGGCAGCGGGGUUGAAGUGGGGUCAUGAGGCCAUUGAAAUGCACAGUUCGUACUUCCACAUCGCAGCAUGGGCGAUUCCUGCCGUCAAGACUAUCGUCAUCCUCAUCAUGCGAUUAGUGGACGCUGAUGACCUCGCAGGGAUGUGUUACGUAGGAAACCAGAAUCUUGAUGCGCUCACUGGAUUCGUAGUCGCACCGCUUUUUACAUAUUUGGUCAUUGGAACGCUGUUUAUUGCUGCCGGGUUGGUGGCGCUGUUUAAGAUUCGAUCCAAUUUGCAAAAAGACGGAACGAAGACGGAUAAACUAGAAAGACUGAUGGUUAAAAUCGGAGUGUUUUCUGUACUAUACACGGUGCCGGCUACUUGCGUUAUUGCGUGCUACUUCUACGAAAUCUCGAACUGGGCUGACUUUCGUCAGUCAGCACAGGAUUCGUACAUGGCGGCGGAGAUGCUGCGGAUUUUUAUGUCUUUGCUUGUUGGAAUCACGUCAGGAAUGUGGGUCUGGUCCGCAAAGACACUUCACACGUGGCAGCGAUGUUCCCACCGACUUGUGCACACCGGGCGAAAUAAUCGCGUCAAACGGACUGCCAAUGGCUGGGUCAAACCAGGCAAAGGAAACGAGACGGUUGUGUGACCUGCACCCGCAGAUACUCUUGUCAUGUAGCACUAUCGUUCAUUCACUUUACGCAAAAUGUUCUUAAAGAUGAUCUUACACUGGAUGGUCCUGAUGCAGCAGUUCUUUUGUGUAAAUAUGCACUACGCCUAACGUCAAACUCUCACUGAAGUGCCUUCGUUUGUGCCGACGAGCUACUCAACCCAACCUGGUGCUGGAUUCUGGGAAAUGUAGUUUUUUUUUGCUCCUCAGUGCCGUUUACCUCGCAAUACGGGAACUCCUGUGACAGAACGCUUACGAAACCUUAUCAAACUGCACAGCAAAUAUGAAUUUCUUUCUCACUUCAUGUUUUUGGUUUGUUCUCCAGUACAAAAUAGACUAAAUCAAAAUGAAAUCUAAUUGUAUUGUUUUCUGAAAAACAUAGCAAACUUAAGUGAGCUUAUGGUUAAAACUAUAACAAAUAUUGACAUUUUUCGGAAAAGUAACUUAAUAUUGCAAUUGGUUGUGUUUUGAGUUACAACUGUUAGAUAUUUGUAUUUCAACAAUUGUAACAAUUCAAGAUGACCUCGAUGUAUUGUUUUCUGAAAAAUGUAUCAAACUUAAGUGAGUUUAUAGUUAAAGCGAAUAAA